CAGAAAAAUCGAUGGCUCGCGACUGAGCCAUGUUAAGCGGAGCCGUCAAUCCACGCCGAGCCAUCAACGUCGAUGCCUCUCUCUCUCUCUCUCUCUCUCUCUCCAUGGCUCGUCUUUAUAAGAACCCUACAGCAUCUCGGCAAAGAGAUUUUUCUCUUCUCAUCGACGCACGAAAGUCGUCCUUUAUCUUCUCUUCUUUUUUAUUUUUAUUUUUUAAGUUUUUCGUCCCCCUAAUCUCUUCGUAACAGUCGUAUCAGGUCUACGACAUCCAUUAAAGCACGAAUCCUGGGCCUCCUUCGGUUGUUACGCGAAGAGAUCACUGCAUAUUAACUUUAGGGUUUUAGCCAAGACUCAUCACGUUGGACCAAGAAACAAUGGGUUUUCUUCACAAGCUCUGGGAUGAGACGCUGGCCGGACCUACCCCCGACUCGGGCCUCGGUGGGCUCCGCAAGUACGACUCGUUCCCGUCCUCGCGGUCCUCCGCCGCUCGCCGCUCUGCUCCUCCUCCUCCCGCUGCCGGGGCGCUCUCCCAUCCCGACUUGCCGGCGGUCACCCGCAGCAUCACCAUCGUCAGGACCACCCCGGCUCUCCGGUCCAUCUCCGGGGAUCCGGGGUCGGGCCCGAGCACCCCCAGCACCCCUUCGACGCCUGGGACACCGGAUGGGAAGCUGAAGAAAUUCACGAGGAGGAAACCGCCAAGCGAUGGAUCGGACGGCUUUCAGCCUAGAGGACCGACUGACUAUGACUGGAUUGUGUUUAGCGGUUUGGAUCGUUAGACGGAGAACCUGACAAUAUAUUUUGCUCCAUCGGCAAUUUUGCCUCUCCCUCGAUAUAGAGGAAUCGAUCUUUCUAUCUAUAAGAUAUCAGCACAUAUAUAUUUAAGUGUAUAUAUAUAUAUAUAUAGUUAUGAUAAUGAAUAAGAUUGUUCAUAUAAAGAAUGGUCAGGUCACAGAGAAGGGACCAAGUCCUUCGUGGAGUUUCCUAGAGAAAGAGAGAAGAAGAAGGAGGAGGAGGAGGAGGAGGCCUUAAACCCCAUAAAACUCAGCCUCAGCAUAACCUUCAAGAGUUUUGGGAGCUUUGGGUAUUUUUCCCUAGUUGCUUUCUCUUCCCCUAGUGUUCGAGUACAUAAUAAUAAUUUUUGUGCUUUUUGUAUUUGGUUUUUUUUUUAAUCUUUUUUGUAAAUAUGUAAUUAUUUGUAUAAUGGGAAGCUCCUCUUUCAUUGAAACUA